AUGCAUUCUUACUCCCCUGCUGAUGUGGUUUUACCUUUACCUGAAUUUGAUUCUGCUUGUCAAUGGCUUGAAAGUCACACCCUUGUUGGGAGAAUGCCCCCUGAAAGUGUGCUCAAAGAUUGGGUCAACAAAGCCUGGGUCCCUCAUGGGGUCCGCCUUGAGAUGGUCCAAAACCUGACCAAGGGUUUUUUCCUGUUCUGCUUUUCAGAAGUUAGCCAUGUGCAAGCUAUUUUGGGUCACAGUCCCUGGUAUGUCUGGUGUUCUUUGUUGGUUUUCCAAGCAUGGACCUGUGACUUCGCUAUCUCAGAUGAGACCAAGCUCCGGGUCCCAGUUUGGAUUGAAUUCCCUGGUCUCCCUUUGCCUUGUGUGCCAUUUUUGAACCAUAUUGCUUCCUCCUUGGGGAGAGUUGUUUGUGUGGAGCCGGAUAGGUUCUUCCAAUCCCGUCCCCAAAAAGUCACUUAUUUCAACUUACCCAACAUGUGCUAUCACUGUCAGUCCGCAGACCACAAGAUCAAGGACUGCCCUUUGGCAGUGCCUCGUACACCCUCUCCACUAGGGGAAAAUGCUCAUGCUCGUCAAGUGGAUUCUUCUGCUCCUAAACAGGACUCUGCUUGGACUAUGGUCACAGGUCACAGGAAUAAAUCUUCUGGCUUGGCACCGACUUCCAAUGCCACCGAAUCGACGAAGAAUGUUUCAAACCCUUCUCAGAAUGGGACGGUGGCUCCGAUCAAGGUCAACAGUGUGCCUCUUUAG